UCAGGAGAGCCGGUGGGUCUCUUCUGGUCUUCGUGCAGACUAGUCAGACGCCGACAGCGGGCCGAGUCUUCUGUCAUGACAGUCGGAUGACCACACCACACCAGCGGCCAGCAACACGUCUGCCGAGCAGAGAGCAUGCAGACCCGGUUACAGCCGUCAGACGCCAACUGAAGCUUUUGUCGUCGAGUCAUACACACUGGGAAGUGCAGGACAGGCACACGUCUAGAGCUUUGAACCGGCGUGCAAAAAAUUAAAACCCUGCUCGUGUUCACGUGUCAAGAGUCUGGAAGGCCGAUGUGAAACAGCAGGUAUUAGAGACAAAAGGCACCGUGAUGAGGUCAGUCCAGUCACUGUGGGACCAGUUGACUAGAUGUGAUCCAAGGUCGCUGCACAUCACCCAUUCACUGAGCCCAUAAGGAGAGCAUCCAUAAAGCUUUGUCUCUUAAGCCCCUCACCUUUACCUUCAACCUCUCAACUCCCAAAAACACCAUGACCUCUGAGCUUGAAAGUAGCUUGACCUCCAUGGACUGGCUUCCACAGCUGGGCAUGAGGGCGACCAUCCAGAAGACUGACAGAGACGUGGGGGGACUUCACCAAGGCCACUAUCAUGGACAACAUCACCACCAUCACCACCACCACCAUCACGCUCACCAUCAUCACGGACAUCAUGGGCCAGGAAAGAAAAUCAGCCACCUGGACCCAGGAACAACGUUGGACCAGGAGGAAAGUAGUACAAACAGAGACGGCAAACCGCCGUACAGCUACGCAAGCCUCAUCACCUUUGCCAUCAAUGGUUCUCCUCGCAAACGCAUGACCCUCAGUGAGAUCUACCAGUGGAUCUGUGACAACUUCCCCUACUACAGAGAAGCAGGCAGUGGCUGGAAGAAUUCAAUACGACACAACCUGUCCUUGAACAAGUGUUUUCUGAAAGUGCCUCGCUCCAAAGAUGACCCUGGGAAAGGUUCCUAUUGGGCCAUAGACACCAACCCUAAGGAUGACACAGCACCCAGCAGGCCAAAGAAGAGGCCACGCUCUGGAGAAAGAGCAUCAACCCCUUACAGCCUGGAGUCGGAGUCUCUGCGAAUGGAAUGCAUCAUGUCAGGUGCAGCGUCUCCCACUUUGGCAAUCAAUGCCGUAACAAACAAGGUAGCACUGUACAACCCAGAAGCAGAGGACUGUGAGAGUCCUGGGAGUCUUGGUGGCAGCCUGAGCAACAGUCUCUCGGAGCAGAGCAUGGCAUCCGUCAACCUCAACAACAUGAACUCCACCGUCAGCAGCAGCUUCACACCUGUUAGUAGUCACUCCGAGCCGUCGUCCCAGUCCCUGAGUCUCCAGCAGCCUCCCCAGCCUGCGCCUCCUCCCCCAAAACCCCAGUACGAUCUACCCGUCCCCGAAUCACGGGACAAGCACCUCUGCUUCUCGGACUUUGAGGACCUGAGCGGGUCCUUCCGCAUCCUGUAUAAGUGCGUCUUUGAGCAGUCUUUCUCGCAGCAGGCUUUGAUGGGGAUGCCAGGCGACUCCAACCAGCAGGCAAGGACCGCCUGUUCCUAUCAGCACUCACCUCGUACGGGAAACGGUGUCGGCCACCAUCACCAACACAACCACCACCAUCCACACCACCCUCAGCAGCACCUCUCCAGCCAUGGCGCACAGCACCCGUCCCUCUCCCACCAGAGUCAUGGUGGACAGAGCUGCCCGACCACGGGCAUGUCUUCAGAUUGGUACCCAAAUCUGGACUGGCUGAAGGAGAGCUGCCGCAUUGCUACUAGCUACAAUUGGGCUGAUGUAGACCUCUCCCCAUUUCAAGGCCUGAAGGACAGCAUGCGUCAAGCGGAGCUCAACAACUGGUCGCUGGAUGCCGGCCAGAUAGCCGACCUAUGCUCCUCCAUCAACCAGUUCUUCACGGCCACGGGGGUCAUCCCUCCAUCGCAACCUCAGGUCGCACACCCAGCAGCACCUAGGGCACCACAGCACCCUGCUCAGCCACUCGGCGCCAUGCACCCCAAGGCCAGCCAGCACAAUCAGCACGGCCAACACAUCCACACGGGGAACAUCUACAUGGACUCCAGACAGAACAUUCCUUCUCUGAUGGGACCACCCGGUUACCCCCACAUCCCUCCGAUCAGCAACACAGCUCCCACUAUGACAGCAGACUCCUCCAUCACACUCUUACCAGGCCAUCACAGUCAGCUGAGCCAGCAGCAGCAUAUGUUGCCACCAGGACACUUCCAGGUGAGACGCAUGCUGGCUGCAGACGACAUCCAGGACGACUUUGACUGGGACUCCAUAGUAUAAACAGAGACAGGAGGUAAAAGAGACAACCUGUGUUGAUGACAGUAGAGGUGUAAGCUUCUUACACCGAUGAGAAAUGAACACAGAAGACAAUCCAAAAGGGGAAAAAAAAGUCAUUUUUUGGAUGUACUUGGUGGAGGAGUGUAAAGACAAUCAAUUGUUGCAAGUGGACCAAGUUGUAAACAACAUAGCCACACCUGACACUGUGCCAACAUGGCCUACAAGUUGCUAAGACUGUCAAAACAUCUGUGAAAUGUUUGCAUUUUAUAUAUAAAAAGCCCUGUGAAUUUAACAUAUGUUCCGAACAGAAGGAUAUUAACUUACCUCUCUUUCAAAAGCAACUAUUCGUUUUUCUUCUUUGUGAAUUCUCUGUAAUGAUUCUCUUACCUGGUCUUAUGGUUGGAGGAAAUGGAGGGUGAGAAGAAUGCACGAGGGGAGCACCAUCUUCUGGUGAAAAGGAAGCAUCGCAACACAUCCUCUAAGAAGAAUUCUAUGCACCACUGUUCUUGUGUUAUCUUUGUUAUCAACACUGUUUUGUCAUUUUUAAAAAUCAUAUCGUAAAAGUUUGUAUGUUAGCGCUCAUGCUGUCAUUUUCUCAGGGUGCUUCACUGAUUGGUCCUUUGGCCGUUAUGCGUCAUAAGGUGACUGCAACAUUGAGUUCUUGUUGACUCCUGUGGAAAAAAAAAAAAGUAAUCUAAAGAAAAUACAGUAGAAUAAGCUCACACAACACUGGCUGCACUCGGAUAGCAUUGAAUUCAUUGAGUUUAAAUGUCAUUCUUUUAAAAGCAUGCAUAUGAUUUGUAAGGUCAGCAAUGACUCAUUUCAGGUGAAGACGAGUCAUGAAAAAGUGAUAUUGAGGAAAGUCAGAUCAGGUAAUGAGCGAAAAACUCUUCUUUUCUCCAUUGUGUUUUACUCUGUUUAUGAAAAAGUGUUUUUCUUUAAGUGUACAGCCCCCCCCCCCCUCAAAAAAAACCCUAAUUAUCUGUUCGUAUCAAUUAUCAAUUGGAAGUGGACAGGAAGUUGAACACAACAAUGAUGACUCUUUAAUAUUAUCACCAUGACCAGCGUUAUAUAAAUUGUAUGUUUGUGUGUUGUUGUCCUUAUGUAAAUAAUAUAUUUCUCAUCUGUUUCCCUUUAAGAAGAAAAACUGCAGACUGAUGCAAAAGAAAAAAAAAUAUUUUUCUUAUUUGUCCUUCAGGAGACACUUUGUGUAAAUACCUUCAUUAUAUUGUAAAUACGUGCUUUUUGUGUGUCAAAGGUAAUGUGUGUAUGGUUCAACGGUUACAGAUCUGUUUCAGUGAUGAUUAAAAUGUAAUUGACCAUU